AUGUCAUCUAUUCUAUGCUUGCAUCUCGAAGAGGGCAAAACUAAAAAUACGCUAAAGAUAUUACUGGAUGGAGAGGUAUCACAGACAAUUUAUUAUUAUGAUCAUCAAGGCUUUAGGGAUCUUGAUAAGAUUGCUUCUGCGCCAUCCACCUUGGUUUAUAGUGCACGUUGGAAAGGUGCAUCAAAGUUCGCAAUUAAAAAAUUCAUCGGAGAUUCUAGCAAAGAUUCCAUCGUUAAUGAGGUUAAUUCUCAUCCGAAUAUAAUUCAAUUCUACGGACUUACGAAAUUUCAAGAUGAAAAUUACUCGCUUGUCCUUGAAUACGCAGAAGGUGGAACAUUGGGGAAAUAUUUAAGAAACGAUUCUAUAAGUUUUGAAUGGGAAAGUCAAUUAAAGUUUGCUAAGGAAAUUGCAAGUGCGAUUUCAUGGUUACAUGAUGAUGUGGGAAUCAUACACGGGGAUCUCCACUCCAACAAUAUCUUAAUACACAAAGAAUCAAUAAAAUUAGCAGAUUUUGGACGUUCAUGUAUAAAAGGAUCAAAUUAUAAUACUGAAGUAUGGGGUGUAAUACCUUACGUGGAUUCUAAAAUGCUUGAAAUGCUUAUCCAAAAAAAACCAUGUGUUUUAACUGAGAAGUCUGAUAUAUACAGUUUGGGAGUAUUAUUCUGGGAAUUAACAAGUCGAAAAUCGCCUUUUGGUUUUGAGGAAAAAAGUCAGAAACACGACUGUUCUCUCAUUAAUAUCAUUAGUAAAAGUGCUAGAGAAGGACCUAUUAAAGACACAAAUGAUAAAUUUGUCGUACUUUAUGAAAAAUGUUGGCAACACGAACCAGAUAAUAGACCGAAUAUCAACGAAGUAAUUUUAGAACUAAAUCUUAUUAACCCUGAAAACAAGGAUGUAUCAACUAUUCCUCCCGAAGAAAAUGAAGAAAAUGGAAAAACGGAAAGUUUAUGCUUGCCAGAUUAA